AAUCCAGUCUGUGCUUAAUUGAAUGUUGCUUGAGUCUAAUGUCAGCCAUUUUAGUUCCGAGAUGCGGACAGGAGCGAGUUUGUGUCAAAAAAAUAAAUAAAACACACACACAAAAGAACAUGUGAUGUGCGGCUUGUAGUGUUGGUAAGAGGACAGUUUGACUCUAACACUGUAUUCAUUACGAAAAAACGGCGAAGGCUGUUGUGCGGCUAACGACGUAGGAGAUGCUCGCUGUGCUUGAGGAAACCGUCACGGAGUGCGAAAACAGAGUGGAGCGCACAGAGCGGGAUGUCUGUCGUAAAAAGAGGCUGCGCGAUGCCGAGCUAAAGCCCGAAGUCGGGCUGCAUACAGCAGAUCAGCAGCAGUAGUUGUUGGUUAAAGAAGAGGCUCAAACUGAGCAGAUGGAUGGGAGAACCAAUUUGGACCAGGGGUAUCCAGACUACACCCACAUAAAACAGGAAGAGGAGGAAGUGUCCAUCAAGCAGGAAGAGGAAGAGAUAGUUGCUGUGAUUGUCAAGAGUGAAGAAGAAGAAGAAGAAGAAGAUCCUGAGUCCUCAGAGCUUUUAACUGAAGAAAACAGAGAGAUUUGUGGAGGUUCAGAAACAGACAGAAAUUCCGGUCUAGAUGGUCUUCUUAGACCGAGUUCGGAGGAUGAGUCUAAGAACUCAACUGUGACUGAAAACAGCGAGCAGGACUGGAAAGAAGCUGAUGGAAAAUCAAGCUUGGAGGCAGAAAGACUUAUAGCAGUCUCAAGUCAUCGGAGCGCUAACGCUGGUGAUAAGUUGAGUUGUUCCGAGUGUGGAAAAAAUUUUGCCCUCAAGUCCGAUCUGCUGAGACACAAGAGUGCACACCUAGAAAAGAAACCAUUUAGCUGUUCUGUGUGCGGAAAAGGAUUUGUCAAGGAGAAACAUUUAAGGGGCCAUGCAAAAAUCCAUAAAGGGGAGAAACCAUUUUGUUGCUCUGAGUGUGGGAAACGAUUUAUCGUUAAAAGCAAUCUGAAGAGACAUGAAAAAAUUCAUACUGGAGAGAAACCAUUCAGUUGCUCAGACUGUGGGAAACGAUUUACUUUAGAUACAGAUCUAAAACGACAUGAGAAAAUCCAUACAGGAGAGAAACCUUUUACAUGCCUGGAGUGUAAUAAAAGAUUUUCCGAAAAAGCAAAGCUGAAAAUGCAUGUGCGGCUUCAUUCAGGAGAGAAACCGUUCAGGUGUUCGGAGUGUGGGAAAGGAUUUACUCAAGAGACGCACCUAAAGAGACAUGAGAGAGUUCAUACAGGGGAGAGACCGUUUAGAUGUUCUGUGUGUGAGAAAAGCUUUGUUCAUAAAUGCACUCUGACCACGCAUCAGAAAAUUCACACAGGAGAGAAACCAUUCAGUUGCUCUUUGUGCGGUAAAAGUUUUGUUUACAAGUGCACACUUCAAUCGCAUCAGAAAACUCACACAGGGGAGAAGCCCUUCAGUUGCUCCGAGUGUGGUAAACGGUUUGUCCACAAGUCUGCUGUCAAGACACACCAGAAGACUCAUACUGGAGAAAAACCAUUCAGUUGCACUGUAUGCGGUAAAAGGUUCACAGAAAAGGGAAAGCUGAAAAUGCACGAGCGCAUUCACACAGGAGAGAAACCGUUCAGUUGUUCUCAAUGUGGGAAAAGGUUCAGUAGGGAAACUCAUCUUAGGAGACAUGAGAAAAUCCAUAACAAAAAGUUUAAUGUCUUGUGUCUCGUCUAAACAUAACUAAUAAAAAAUACAUUGUGCUUGUUGUGGAAUACAUCUUAGACGAAUUUUCGACC